GAGAGAGAGAGGUGAAUAUGGGGAGAGGGAAGAUCGCGAUCCAAAGGAUCGAAAACAGGACCAACCGGCAGGUGACCUUCUCCAAGCGGCGCAGCGGGCUCAUGAAGAAGGCCCGCGAGCUUGCCAUCCUCUGCGACGCCGAUGUUGGCCUCAUCGUCUUCUCCUGCACCGGCCGCCUCUACGAAUUCUGCAGUUCCAGCAUGAAAUCGAUAAUAGAACGCUACCAGGAGGCAAGAGAGGAUAAUAAUUGUCGGUUGUUAAAUCCAAUCUCAGAGGCAAAGUUUUGGCAGAGAGAGGUUGCAACGCUGAGGCAGCAAGUGCAGAACUUACAGCACAAUAAUCGGCAACUUUUGGGAGAGGAAUUAUCUGGCCUAGCAGUUAGAGACUUGCAGUUUCUCCAGAGCCAAGUUGAAAUGAGCCUGCAGUCCGUCAGGAACAAAAAGGAACAACUUUUAGCAGAGGAGAUCAUGCAACUCAACCAAAAGGGACUUGUCCAUCAGAAGGAGAAUAUUGAACUUAAAAAGGAGGUCAGCAUUGCUCAUCAGCACAAAAUAGAGUUACAGAAGAAGCUCUCUGGAGAAAAGGCAUCAAGCGACCACGGACAAGCUAGCGGAAGCUCUAACAAAUCUGAGCAUAUUAGCCUUGCUUUGAGCUUAGAAGGACAUGCAGAUGGAUAAAAAGUGCGCACAAUAUGAACCACUGUAAAGUAAGAGAGCAGGUGUCACAUGAACUAUACAAUGAAGGAGCCAUUCCACAGUACAAAGCUUGGUCCUUCAUCAAUGCUGUUUGAAUGGGGAACUUCAUGACAGAAAUUCUGUAUAUGUUUGGCCUAAAUGAUUAAGUACAAUAAGACAGUAUGUACUGCACUAAGUACUGUCAGUGACCAAUAUAACAGUCCCUCCAAAACAGUGUGUACCGCAUUAAGUACAAUAAAACACAAGUCCCUCCAACA